AUGGCAGAUAAGGUUUUGGAGAAAGGCCUCAAAGCCAAGGCCAAAUCCGAGAUGAUAAAGAAGGUGGAAGUGAUCAACCCACAGGGAGAGGUUGAAGCCAGACCUUGGCCAGGUUUUAAACCCAAGCCUGGAAGCGUAAUUCCGGCGAAGAAAAAGCUGGUGAAGACGAUGGUGGUCGAUUACAUAGGCCAAUCUGUUGCGUCCCUAUUCAACAAGUACAAGAACAAGCAGAAAAUCAAUCCUG